CUCAAUUACAACACAUUUUAUUUCUCUCAAGUUCACACAGCCUGUCACUUGUAAAUUGCUUGUAGAAAAUAAAAUGGGCGAAAUAAAAUGGAAUUGAGUGGGGCUAAUAUCGUUCGUGGUGUCCACUUGAUCCCUGGAUUUCAACAUGACCGUACUGACACACUAUUACCGCCAUCAAUUGCCUGUCCCCUGCACGAAAAUAACGAAGACUGGAAGUUUUACUAUGUAAAUAUGUUUGUUGAUAGAGACAUGAUGAUGCGUUUCCGUGGUGGCGGCCGGGUGGGCCAUAAGUCGACUCGAGAUGCAACACGAGUAUUCCUCGAUGACCGCGAUCCUCUAGACGAGGUUGCUCCUGAGUUGGACGUUCUAGAUGACCGCAGUGAAGAUACAGAUUUUGUCAGCUCGGACGAAGAAGGUGAUGACAACGGCCUUGAUGGUGAAGAGCCUGGUGAGGACGAGGUGAUGGACGGUGACGAAGGCAUUGCCGAUCGUGGUGAAGAUGUGGAAUUGGAGAUAGAGGAGUAUGGCUAUAGCGGAAUUGACCAAUCGAAAGAAGUUACAGAUGACGAGGCUGACGAAGAUGAUGAUAGCGACGAGGCUGACGAUGACCUGGGCCCUGAGGACGGAGAGGAUGAUGCCGGUGAUGACCUCGAGGGGUUUGAUGACCUUUGAUUUUUUUAGAGCGGCAGGAUAUGUUUUUCACGGGGAGCCUCUAACUACUUUGUAAGAUCAGAACCCGAGUUGCCUUGAACCACGCUCGGUCGGGAUGCUCGGACACUACCACCAGCUAGUGUACAUGCGAGACGGUUAUAUGGCUGGUCUAAUUUAAAGCCAAGACUGGUGAAACACUGCAAGGCUCGUACCAGGCUGGCGCU